AUGAAUUAAUCAGCCCCUAAAAGAUCAUCAAGUUUUGGCAAAUCAUUCAACUUUCCGUCAGAAACCUCUUAAAAAGAAUCAAAUACAUCUAUCUACUUAACUGAAACAAAGACCAAAAAGGUUGACAGAUCAAUUAAUGUACCUUUAAAUAGUUGGAGAGAGAUGUCUUUAGUUGAAUUGCUUAAUGAAGCAAUAGAAUUGUUAUAAGAAAACAAAUCUAAUAUUAUUGACUAAUAAAAAUUUAAGAGAUUGAUUACACAAUAUGAAAAUUUUUAACAAACGAACGAAAAAAAGCAGAUUCUCUUCUAAAGAAGGUCAAAAAUCAUUAAAAGUAACAUAGAAAAUAUCAUAUCAUCAUAAAACGACUUUUAAAACUACUUAUAAGGAGUAAAGAAAUUAUGA